UCUACAUUUCACUUUCUUUGAAAUUCUCGAGAUUUUCUUUCAAGAUAAAGACUAGGGUUCUCUGCUCAAAUCUCUUUCCAACCCACUCCUCUUUGUUCUACCCUGCUUUACAAAAUCGCCCUCUGUUAUCCUCUCUGCAAAAACACACUGCCUCGAUGAGUGAGAGAGGAGGCUCUCUGUGAGAAGAGAGCCUGCCUGUUCAUGCAACUAUCACGAACACACCAUUAAUCAUCAAAAAAAGCAACUUUUUUCAAAGAUUUUCACACUUUAUUUUUGGGUAAACUCUAAUGGCUCUUCAAAUGCACAGAGAAAGCAACAGUAGUGGUAGUAGUGGCAAGCAGCAAAUGGACGCCAGCAAGUACGUGAGGUAUACGCCAGAGCAAGUGGACGCUUUGGAGAGGGUCUAUGCAGAAUGCCCAAAGCCCAGCUCUUUGAGAAGGCAACAACUCAUUAGGGAGUGCCCUAUCCUUUCUAACAUUGAACCUAAGCAGAUCAAAGUCUGGUUUCAGAAUCGUAGAUGCCGUGAAAAGCAAAGGAAGGAGGCUUCUCGUCUCCAUACGGUUAACAGGAAGCUGAGUGCCAUGAACAAGCUGUUGAUGGAAGAGAACGACCGCUUGCAGAAGCAGGUUUCGCAGCUGGUUUAUGACAAUGGUUUCAUGCGUCAGAAACUGCACACAGCAAGUACAACCACCACGGAUACCAGCUGUGAGUCUGUGGUCGUGAGUGGUCAGCAGCAACAACAUAACCCAACACCUCAGCAUCCCCAAAGGGAUGCUAAUAGCCCAGCUGGUCUUCUUGCAAUCGCUGAGGAGACCUUGGCAGAGUUUCUUGGAAAGGCUACUGGAACUGCUGUCGACUGGGUUCAGAUGAUUGGGAUGAAGCCUGGUCCGGAUUCUAUUGGCAUCGUUGCUGUUGCCCGCAAUUGUAGUGGGGUUGCAGCACGAGCCUGUGGCCUCGUGAGUCUUGAGCCCACGAAGCUUGCUGAAAUUCUAAAAGAUCGUCCUUCUUGGUUUCGUGACUGCCGUUGCCUCGAUGUUGUGAGUGUAAUUCCUAUUGGAAAUGGAGGGACUAUAGAGCUCAUAUACAUGCAGAUGUAUGCCCCAACAACAUUGGCAUCAGCUCGUGAAUUUUGGAUGUUGAGAUAUACUACAAGUUUGGAAGAUGGCAGUCUUGUGAUAUGUGAGAGGUCGCUUACAUCUUCAACUGGUGGCCCAAGUGGGCCUCCUGUUUCUUGUUUUGUGAGAGCUGAAAUGCUGCCCAGUGGUUGCCUGAUACGCCCUUGUGAGGGUGGUGGCUCCAUUAUUCAUAUCGUCGAUCACAUUGACUUGGAUGCUUGGAGUGUCCCUGAAGUUCUAAGGCCACUUUAUGAAUCAUCCAAAAUUCUUGCACAGCAGAUGACUAUGGCUGCUCUGCGCUAUGUAAGACAAAUUGCUCAGGAAACUAGUGGAGAGAUUCAAUGUAGUGGUGGUCGCCAACCUGCCGUGCUGAGGGCAUUAAGUCAAAAGUUGUGCAGGGGAUUCAAUGAUGCUGUUAAUGGAUUUAUCGACGACGGUUGGUCAAUUAUGGGUAGUGAUGGGGUAGACGACAUUACCAUUGCCAUUAACUCGUCUCCAAGUAAAUUUCUUGGUUCUCAGAGUAACAGUUUGUCCAUGCUUCCAACUUUUGGGGGAAUCCUUUGUGCGCGAGCAUCAAUGCUUCUUCAGGAUGUACCCCCAGCUUUGCUCAUCCGUUUCCUGCGGGAGCACCGCUCUGAAUGGGCCGACUAUGGUGUUGAUGCUUAUUGUGCUGCAUCUCUUAAAGCUAGUCCCUAUGCUGUACCUUGUGCAAAGCUGGGUGGUUUCCCUAGUAGUCAAGUAAUUUUACCUCUUGCACAGACAGUGGAACAUGAGGAGUUUCUGGAGGUGGUUCGUUUAGAGGGUCAUGCAUUCUCCCCAGAGGACCUGGCCUUGUCACGCGAUAUGUACUUGUUACAGCUAUGCAGUGGGGUUGAUGAAACUUCUGGAUCCUGUUCUCAACUUGUCUUUGCACCAAUUGAUGAAUCAUUUGGUGAUGAUGCUCCUUUGCUGCCAUCUGGUUUUCGUCUUAUACCAUUGGAUUCUAAAACACAGGAUGGGCAAGGAGCAACCCGAACACUGGAUUUGGCUUCUGCACUUGAAGUUGGUCCAGGUGGUGCUCGUCCAGCUGGGGAAAUUGAUGCUAGUAAUCAGAACCUUAGGUCUGUUUUGACUAUUGCAUUCCAGUUUGCUUAUGAAAAUCACUACAGAGACAGCGUAGCUGCUAUGGCUCGUCACUAUCUGCGUAGUAUUGUGGGCUCAGUUCAGAGAGUUGCUAUGGCAAUAGCCCCAUCUCGGCUCAGUUCCCAUAUGGUGCCCAAGUCACUUCCUGGUUCACCGGAAGCUGUUACAUUGGCUAGAUGGAUUUGCAGAAGCUAUAGGGUGCACCUUGGAAGAGAUCUCUUUCAGGUUGAUGCACAAGCCAGUGACGCAGUUCUGAAACAACUCUGGCACCAUACGGAUGCAAUUAUGUGCUGCUCUGUCAAAAUGAAUGCAUCAGCAGUUUUCACAUUUGCUAACCAGGCCGGCCUGGACAUGCUAGAAACUACUCUGGUGGCCCUUCAAGACGUAAUUCUCGAGAAGAUUCUGGAUGAAGCUGGUCGAAAGACUCUACUGUCUGAAUUCUCCAAGAUCAUGCAUCAGGGCUAUGCCUACCUGCCGUCUGGAGUAUGUGUUUCAAGCAUGGGUCGGCUAAUCUCUUACGAGCAAGCAAUCGUCUGGAAGGUCGUGAAUGAUGAUGAUUCCAAUCACUGCCUAGCUUUCAUGUUCAUAAACUGGUCCUUCGUGUAAAGGAUUAGGAACUCCGUUCAGAAUUUACACAAACUUAUGGGGCCUUUUUUAAGUUAUUUGUACUUUAUUUUGUCAAGAACCCUGUUGUGCAAGACAUAUUUAACUAGGUUUUGAACUUUUGAGAGGCCUCUUGUCUCUAACAAUCUAUGCAUGUGUGUUUUUCUUUCUAG